AUUUUUAUGUUGCAGUCAAACAGCUGAUUUUUCCAGCUCCGCAGUAUCCAUUUUUCGUAAAAAUAUCAACAAAAAAUUUAUUUCGGUAAAUUUUAAUGCAGAAUUUUUAAAAUUUUGGUUACUUUUAAAGGAAUCAGUGAUGUUCAACUGCCAACUUUCAAUUUUAUCGCGUGGCUUAUGAUGUAAUCAAGAAGAUAACUGAACAUGCAAUGUUUCAUCAAUCUUUUAAGCGUCUAAUCGAAAUAACCCUGACCGACUUCCUUGUCGAAUAACUACCCCUGGAGUGGUACCGAAAUUGGCUAUUUUCAUGAAACGAAUCCUCCCGAUCCCGCUUACCUCACCUCAUCGAUUUUUAUCAUCAUUAUCAUUCAUUGCAAACGGUCCAUUACUAGCCACGGCGGCUGGAUCGAACCUUGAAAGUCGUAGAAGUUGCAAACGCAUGAAUCGGGGGCCCCGAGGUGGCCGCCAAGACGACCCUCAGGUGCUGAUUCGUCGCUACAACCGGCAACGGGACAUGUCCGAAUCGUGCCGCAAAUGGCAACGGGUCUCUACAACGUCUGCCAACGACAUCCGGGGACCGGACGAUGUCCCGUUUACGCUGAUGAGCUACAACAUCCUGGCCCAGGAUCUGCUGGAAAUGCAUCCGGACUUGUACAACAAUCACGAUCAGGCUGCCCUAUCCUGGGCUCAUCGAUACGAUCGGUUGAUAGCCGAGAUAAACUUGGUCAAACCGGAUAUUUUGUGUCUGCAGGAGCUGCAAGAAGAUUGCAAGGAACAGUUCGCUGCCGGUUUGGAAAACUUCAAUUUUGAAAUGAUUUACAAACAGCGCACGGGUGGAAUGAAGACCGAUGGCUGUGCUAUCUUCUAUCGAGCAGACAUGUUUGAGCGGAUCAACUAUCAGGACGUGGAGUUUUAUCAACCGCAUGUUGAGUUCCUAGACCGCGAAAACGUUGCCAUCAUUGUCAAGUUGGCUCUAAAAUCCAACCCAAGUCAAACACUGGUAGUUGCGACGACCCAUUUGCUGUACAACCCACGCCGUCAGGACGUUCGACUAGCUCAGGUUCAGGUUUUGCUGGCAGAAUUGGAUCGACUUUCAUUCAUCGGAUAUUACGACAACGGGAAGCCAAAAUACGCUCCAACGAUUGUGACUGGUGACUUUAAUCUGCAACCUUACUCCGCUCCGUAUAUGCUUGUCACCACCGGAUUUCUACAGUACGAAAAUUUGAAUAGAAAAACAUUGGAACCCUGUGAGUCUAGGUACGAGCCACCCUUUGGAAAGACUCUUCUAUCGCCAAAAUUAGGGAUCACGGAUGAUUGCCGACAUGAGUGCCUUGGCAAUGAGCUAGAUGAAAGCUAUUGUAAUGCCGUAACGAGGCUUCAUCAUUCCAGUCAACAACCGGAAACCCCUCCACCGAGCCCAACCUCCGUAUCGGCUAGCAAAUUCGGCAAUGGCAUCCUGCGACAUCAGUUCCAAUUUACGUCGGCCUAUCGGCACAAUUUGGAUCAACCGGACGAGGAAGCUUCGACGUUCCAGACCCAGUGGAUAACGGUGGACUAUCUUUUCUAUACCAGAUUUCACCACCCGAGCAAGCGACGAUUCAUCGGAGGCGACCUGCAGCUGAUGGCCAUCUACACGUUGCCAACGGUGUUUCAGGCCCGCGAAAUCCGUAACAUUCCGAACAUGUACUUUGGAUCGGACCAUUUCUCUUUGGCGGGAAAGUUUCUGCUCAAGGCUCCCGGGGGUGGAUGCAGUUCGGGAAGCUAGGGAUUGUUUUGACCGUUAUUGAGUUUUGUUAAUUUGUUUGUUCUUGAUAAAAACAUGUCGGAAUUUUUAGAUUAUUCAA